AUGGAUGACUUUAAUGAGGAAUCCAAAAUCCUUACCAAUAAAUUCUUGGAAAAAGGUUAUAGUGUAGAUUUGUUGGAGAACAGUAAAAACAAGGAUUUUCAGUUAAAUGAUUUAUCAUCAUCUUCAUGGGCUGCAGUGUUGGACGUUCUAUUGAAGAGCAACAAAAGUGCAACUGAAUUUCUUAUUGUGGGUUUCUCUGAUGCUCCUGACUUGCAAAUCCCCCUGUUUAGUCUCUUUUUCCUCAUCUACUCUCUUACAGUGCUGGGUAAUCUUAUUAUCAUCCUAUUAAUCAGCUCUGACAUAAAUUUGCAAAAGCCCAUGUACUUUUUCCUUUGCAGCAUGUCAUGUUUGGAUAUUUCCUAUAGUUCUGUAACGGCACCAAAUCUGUUGCACAUGUUCAUCACAGCUAAUAAAAUGACUUCUUUUAACCGGUGCAUGGUGCAGCUUUAUUUCUUCAACUCCUUUGCUAGUAUGGAAUAUUUGCUGCUCACCACUAUGGCAUACGAUCGGUAUAUGGCUAUUUGUAACCCGCUAAUUUAUCCUCAAAUAAUGAACAAAAAGAAUUGUCUAAUAUUAGUGGCCAUGGCUUGGCUAUCUGGGUUCUUAGCAGGACUUCCUGUAACAGUGUUGUCCUCUGCUCUAGCAUUCUGUACAUCAAACAUUAUUAACCAUUUCUUUUGUGAUGUAACUCCGUUAUUGAAGCUAGCUUGUGGCGAUACAUCUACUAUCAAGUUUGUAAUGUUUGCACAAGGUGUCUGCCUGCUUUUUAGCUGUUUUUUACUCACUGUGAUGUCUUAUAUCUAUAUUAUCAAUGCCAUUCUAAAAAUCAGCUCCGCAGAAGGCCGGCUCAAAACCUUCUCAACCUGUGGUUCCCACCUGACGGUUGUCGUACUAUUUUAUGUUUUAGUUGUAGGUGUCUACAUGAAGCCAACAUCUUCUUAUUCACUGGACGAGGGAAAAUUUCUGUCUGUACUUUAUGUUAAUGUUAUACCCAUGUUGAAUCCUAUAAUAUACACUCUGAGAAACAAAGAUGUGAAAGAAUCAUUCAGAAAAGCAUGUAGGAACAGUAUGGCGACAUUUCACAUAUUAGGAUCAACUAUUCAUUUUAAACCUUCAACAAAGUCUACAAAAUCAAAGUUAACAAGUUUACAUUAA